AUGCAUAUUCUGGUAGUCAACGACGAUGGCCCGCCGAACAAGAGGCUCUCGCCCUACGUGCGCCCGCUCGUCGACGAACUCCAAGCCGCGGGCCACCUAGUCAGCGUCGCCAUCCCUGCCGCCUCACGUUCAUGGAUUGGCAAAGCACACCUAAUCGAAGCCUCGUUGACCGCGCACUCCGUCCACCCAGACUCCUUCAACGACGACGGCACCUGGGAAAAUAGCCACGAGUCAUCCGAGAAUGACUGGGUGGUGAUUGAAAAUGGGACACCGGCCAGCUGCGCCCAGCUAGGUCUCUACAACCUCUUCGCGGAUCGUCCGCCUUUCGAUCUGGUCAUUUCAGGUCCUAACCAUGGCCGUAAUGCUUCGACUAUCUAUAACUUAUCCUCGGGGACUGUGGGCGGUGCGCUUGAGGCCGUGUUCUGUGGAAAGCGCGGUAUUGCUAUCUCCUUUGGUAGUAAGGAUCCGCAGCCGAUGGAUAUCAUUGAAGCUGCGGCGCGUCUUGCGGUUAGGACCGUCGAUCAUCUGUGGCGGCAUUGGGAUGAGAGGGUUGAGUUGUAUAAUAUCAAUGUUCCUAUGCGCAUUGAUGUGGAGACUCGGCCUAUUCUAUAUACGCGCACUUUGCCUUAUUACUGGUCCCGGGGCUGUCUGUAUGCCGAGGCUGGGGAGGCUAAGAGCAAGAUGGUGAAUGGAGUGACGAAUGGUGUCAAUGGUGUUUCGAAGGAGCAUUGCAAUGGCCAGGUUAAUGGUAUGAAUGGUCAUGCUGAGCAACCGAAGCGCAAAGAGCGCCAUUUCAAGUGGUCCGCCGAUCUGUCGGAUAUGAAGAAGAGACUACAGGAGAGUGAGGAGGGUACAGAUGCGCAUACAGUGUUGAACGGGUCAACGAGUGUGACUGCUCUCCGCGCCAACUUCUGGCAUGUCCCCGGUCUGGAAGGGCCACUGGAUCUGAAUCAAUAG